UACAUAAAUCAGACAAGAGUGUGUUUCGUCGUGUGAUACUUAUUACCUAUUUUUAAGGGGUGUCUGGAGACUGAUCUGAACUUUUUAACUUGUGAAGGUGGUUUAUUCAUUAUGACUGGAGAUGUCCUCCCUUGUUUUGAUGCAUUUAAAAUGACUCUCCCUGAAGGCGCAGCUUCCAUUGUUUCUGUGCCUAUCACUCUUGAUAUUGCUUCCAACCAUGGUGUCAUUGUCACAUCCAAAUCUGAGUCCCGUCCUGAAGGCUUGUAUUGUCAGUUUAGUUGAUGAUCUUCUGCAGUAACCUACAGUAGAGGAGCUUUUCAAGAAAGAUGCAAUCUUACAUGAUGGACGGACGCUUCUUGACACUGGGAUAAUAUCUGCAAGUGGCAGAGCAUUGGAUGCUCGUGCCAACCCAUGAUCUCUGAGCUUCUAGGCAGUAAAAAGGAGGUCACUUUCUCAUAUUUAGGCAGUUCGUUGAUAAAGAAUGACCUUGUUCAUGAACAUACAUUGGCUUCUUACAGAAAUUUUGGGGUUAUGGAAUGGUUUCUGACUUUACAGAUGAGUUUGUAUGAAGAUUUGGUGGCUGCUUGGGUUCCUUCAAGCCAUGAUUGGCUGCGAACCAGACCUUUGGGUGAACUUCUGGUUAACAGUCUCGGGAGGCAAAAGAUGUACAGCUACUGCACCUAUGAUUUGCAGUUUUUGCGUUCUGGAACAUCAAGUGAGGUAUUGGAUCACUUAAGCGGAGAUGCUUCAGAAAUUGUAGGUCGAAGACACUUAUGUUCCAUCCCUGCAACUACGGUUUCAGAUAUUGCAGCGUCUGCAACUACGGUUUCAGAUAUUGCAGCGUCUUCUGUUAUUUUGUCUAGUGAAAUUGCACCUGGUGUCUCCAUUGGUGAAGAUUCACUUAUAUAUGCUUCAACAGUUUCUGGUGCUGUACAGAUUGAUUGUAGAUUUGUGAAUGAUUUUUGGGAUAUUUCUUUUACAGAAAAUUGAUUUUUAGGAGACU